AUGGAAAUGUCCGACACAGUCAAACCUCUGACCUCCUUCCUCAUAGAGGACAUCCUCUCCGUUAAGGACGGCACAAUAUUCAAUGGCAAGCGCUGCUCACAGAGGAUGGAAACAUGUCCACAGUGGAAAGAAGGAUCUGAAAACUUGUCAGAGCCCCUCUGCCCUCAGGGGACAGCAUUUGAAGUGCAGACAGGGUCCCUCGACGCAUCCUGUCCCGGCACCUCGGAGUCCAGAAGCUCUUCAUCCCCGGGGAAACAGAAGCGCUCCAGAGCUGCGUUCACACACCUCCAAGUGCUCGAACUGGAGAAGAAAUUUAACCAUCAGAAAUACUUGUCCGCCCCCGAGAGGGCUCACCUGGCCAGCAACUUGAGACUAACCGAGACCCAGGUGAAAAUCUGGUUUCAGAACCGCAGGUACAAGACCAAACGCAAGCAGCAAACCUCAGAGUUCUGUAAGGACGUGUUCAAAGCCGAGGGACUGGCUCUCAGAGACGAGCUCGUCCAGUCCUCUCUGAUCACUUCCUUCUGCGAAGCCUACCGAUGCAGGCCCUACAUGUGGGACCACUGGGGGGCCUGGGGGUCCACGUUAUGGUGA